GCGUUAUCUACCCUUGCUGUAGCUUCAGUUUGAUAAAUACAUUCGUGUAGACACGAAUUCUGUGGUGUUGAUAAACAUAGGUAUUAUUAUAUUAUGUGCUAGUGUCAAAAUGGUUGAUGUGAAUAGUGAAAAUUUUAUUUUCAGUGUUCCUACGAACCAGGAUGAAGGUAUAAUAGCUGUGGAUAUCUCUAGCAACGUUCUGGUAGAUUCUGUUACAGCUAUGCCUCAAACAUCGAUCUCUUCCGACUUAAUAGGUGUUGAUGAUGGUAGUGCUGAAGAAGAGGAAACAACCAAGUUAACUUUGGCCUAUGAGCGAUUAUAUGAAGUACCAAGAACCAUAGUUGAAAAGUUCUCAAACUACAUCCAAUAUUUAGAUAUAAGUCACAAUAAAAUCACAAAUCUGGAUCCAAUAGUCCACUUCAAACACCUCACAUCACUGAUAGCUGAUGACAAUCCCAUUACGGACACCAGCUUUUUACCGCCAUUGCCAAAACUACAGUUAUUAUGGUUAAAUUAUUGUAAAAUAGCAUCCUUGUACCCUUGGGUGGGUAAGCUAAAGGAAUCAUGCCCCAAUUUACAAUAUUUGUCGCUAAUGGGCAACCCGGCCGCCCCUAGCUACUUCAAUGGAGGCACGUUUUACGAAUACUUGCAGUACAGACUCUUCAUAAUAUCCCAGUUCUCUUCACUAUACCAUCUGGACGACAGAAAGGUCACAGAAGACCAAAGAGAAGAAGCUCAAAGGCUAUACAAGCAGCCAUUCUUACAAAGAAUAGCGAGUCCUAACUCGAGUGGUAUAACACAACUCAUGACUAGGUCAGUGUCAUGGAACUCUCUACAGAAUAGAUUGACAUCAAUAUGGAGCAAGGAUAAGCAAGACGGUAGGAAUUUGCUAAUCUAAUCAGAUAAUAGUUUUGAUAGAAUAUUCUAGCUAGACCAAACUCGAGUGGUAUAACAUAACUCAUGACCGGGUCAGUGUCAUGGAACUCUCUACAGAAUAGAUUGAUGUGAAUGUGGAAUAAGGAUAAGCAAAAUGGGAGGAAUUUGUUAAUCUAAAGAUAAGUUUUGUCUAAGUAGUUUUAUUGGAAAUUGUUGUCUUCUAUAGUAUUUCUUCUGUAUGGCAACUAUGAGGAUAGAUUCUGCCGUGUGUCAAAUAUAAGAAAUCUUUGUAUAAUGUUACUUGUUAUUAAUUAGAAGAAUCUUUUUCAUUCGUUAAGAAUAAGCUGUUAUAUUGAAUAGAAAUAAAAAAAGGUGAUCAGAAUUUAAAGCUACAUCGAAUUUACCUGACCUUAUGGAAAUAUUGUUUAUUUGUAUUGAAGUUAUGAAUUGAAUGUUGAUGUAUUGUUAAGUAAGUUACUGUCAUUUGAAUGUUAAUUGUUAACAUUACAUUAGGCCUAGGCCACACUACGGCUAAACCGCCGCGAUUUAUAAACGGGAUUACUUAUGUGUUUCAAGGAAACGAAUAAAAGCGACCUGAAGUGUGGUUUGUUCUCGAGACUGAUUUUAAAACGGCGGAAUUCUACAAAAUGCCCGCUGGUAAAAACCGUGAAGAGGCGUCAAUAUUUAAAUGUAGUGUGUGUAUCUCAGACGUUUUUGCGGUUACAACACCUGGCGGGAAAACACCGUAGUACGGCCUCAGCUUUAUUCUACC